AAAUCGGGGCGAGUGGGGAACCCAGUGCUGGGACUGCCGCCGCGGCCGGGAGUGGGGCUACCAGGACGGGGGGCCUCGGCGGCCCGAGGGGCGUAGGACGCAAGGGCUGACAACGCACUCCUCGUCCGCGGCCGCGACAGAGGAGAGAACUCGUGGAACUGGAGCCUCACAGAUCCCCGGUGAAAAUGAAGGCGGCCGACGAGCCUGCCUACCUGACUGUGGGCACGGACGUCAGUGCCAAGUACCGCGGUGCCUUCUGCGAGGCGAAGAUCAAGACUGUGAAAAGGCUGGUGAAGGUGAAGGUACUCCUGAAACAGGAUAAUACAACACAAUUGGUGCAGGAUGACCAAGUCAAAGGUCCUUUAAGAGUUGGAGCAAUUGUUGAAACGAGGACUCCUGACGGAUCCUUUCAGGAAGCCAUUAUCAGCAAGCUGACCGAUGCCAGCUGGUACACUGUGGUGUUUGAUGAUGGUGACGAGAGAACACUGAGACGGACCUCUCUGUGCCUGAAAGGCGAGAGGCACUUUGCAGAGAGUGAGACCCUCGAUCAACUUCCGUUAACAAAUCCAGAACAUUUUGGAACUCCAGUAAUUGCCAAGAAGACGAACAGGGGAAGGAGGUCCUCACUUCCUGUGAAUGAAGACGAGAAGGAAGAAGAAAGUAGUGAAGAGGAAGAAGAAGAGAAACAUCGUCUCAGUGAUGAGUUAUUAGGAAAAGUUGUGAGCGUGGUUUCCACAGCCGAAAGGACUGAGUGGUACCCCGCGUUGGUAGUCUCUCCCGGCUGUAAUGAUGACAGUUAUGCCAUAGCAAGGAAGGACAUUAAGGAAAUGGACGUUCUCAGUUUGCCAGAAUCUGAGCUCUCCACCAAGCCAGGGCUGCAGAAAGCAAGUAUCUUCUUAAAAGCCAGAGUUGUUCCUGACAAUUGGAAAAUGGAUCUAAGUGAAAUCCUGGAGUCAUCCAGUAGCGAUGAGGAGGGUGGCCCAGCUGAGGAAAACGAUGAAGAGAAAGAGAAGGAAGCCAAGAAGGAUGAGGAUGAGGUGCUUGAGGAAGAACUUGAUCCUGAAGAGAGAGACAACUUCCUCCAGCAGCUCUAUAAGUUUAUGGAAGACAGAGGUACUCCAAUCAACAAACCACCUGUCUUGGGCUAUAAAGAUCUCAAUCUCUUCAAACUUUUUAGACUGGUUUACCAUCAGGGUGGAUGUGACAAUAUCGAUAGUGGUGCUAUAUGGAAGCAAAUUUAUAUGGACCUUGGCAUUCCGAUUUUGAACUCGGCUGCUUCCUACAAUGUAAAAACUGCUUAUAGAAAGUAUCUCUAUGGUUUUGAAGAGUACUGCCGCUCUGCAAAUAUUCGAUUUAGAACCAUUCAUCAUCAUGAGCCAAAAGUAAAAGUGGAAAAGAAAGACUCGGACGAAUCAAUGGCAGAGGCUCUCGCAGUAGAUCCAGAAAUGCCGUUAGUGGAAGUAAAGAGCGAGCUAGAGGAAAAUACUGAUUCAAAUAGUGAGAGUGAAAGAGAAGACAGCGAAUUAAAAUCUCCAAGGGGCCGAAGGAGACUUGUUCGAGAUGUAAAUUCUAUUAAAAAGGAAUUUGAAGAAGAGAAAACAGAAGACAAACUAAAAGAUAUUGAUACAGAAAAUAAGGAUGUGGACGAUGACUAUGACACUGCAGAGAAAGAAGAAAACGGGCUGCUACUGGGGAGAAAAACUACACCCAAGCCAAAAGAGAAGAGAGUCAGAAAGCAAGAGGGCUCCGACCGAGACUCGGAGGGCGAGGACGAGAAGAGCCAAGAGAGGGAAGAAACGGAGAGCAAAUGUGACUCAGAAGGGGAGGAAGAUGAGGAAGACAUGGAACCCUGUCUAACGGGAACCAAGGUGAAAGUAAAAUACGGACGAGGAAAAACUCAGAAAAUCUAUGAAGCCAGCAUUAAAAGCACUGAAAUCGAUGAUGGAGAAGUUUUAUACUUGGUACAUUAUUAUGGAUGGAAUGUCAGGUAUGAUGAGUGGGUGAAGGCUGACAGGAUCAUCUGGCCUUUGGACAAAGGUGGCCCAAAGAAAAAACAAAAGAAGAGAGCCAAGAAUAAAGAAGAUGGCGAGAAGGAGGAUAAGCGGGAUGAGGACAGGCAAAAGACGAAGCGGGGCCGGCCUCCUUUAAGGUCUGCCCUCUCGUCCAGCCUGCCCUUCGGGUUAUCUAGGACAGCAAACAGCGAAGGAAAAUCAGACUCCUGUUCAUCUGAUAGCGAAACAGAAGACCCUUUAGACAAGAGUUUGAUCAGUGAAGAACUGUUUCCUGAUUCUAAAGAAGAAUUAGAAAAAUCUGACUCUUUAAACGAUGACAAGCUCGAUGAGGAGACGGCCAAGAUGGCUGCACACGCGCUCCGGGAGCCGGACGGGACGCCGGUGCCUUUGCUGGAGGCCCUGCAGCCCGAGGCCGGCGAGGGUGAGCAGGUGGCCCAGCUUUUCGGAAGCAAAGUGGAGCGAGGUGAGGAUGUCAAGAAGGACACAGAGAAGUCUCCAAAAGGCAAGGGAAGGCGAAGCAAGACAAAAGAGAUCUCUUUAGAAAUUAUAAAGCUGGCGUCGUUUGGCCCAGGGGAAGCCGGGAGUGAGGCUCCCGGGAACGGCCCUGUUCCUGACCUUUCCUCCCUGGACAGCAAGAGCUCGGCUUCGGCGGCUGAGGAUGAUGUCGACCCGUACGGGAAGGACAAAAGGCUGAAGCGGAAACUGCCUGGGCUGCCAUCCCCGGAGAAGAAAGCCAGAAUGGAGAACGGACUGGGUGUGGCCGUGGCCGGGGACAUCGAGGCCCCAGGGAGUCCUGAGUGCACUGGGUUGCACGCUGGAGUUCCCCACAGUCGCUGCCCCUGUACACAGGACCCCCCAGUGGGCAUCGCGCCACUGCGGGUCGAGGACGACGUCCUGCCGCUGAUUGGGCCUGAAACCCUGGUGUGCCACGAGGUAGACCUGGACGAUCUAGACGACAGGGACAGGGCUGCUGCGCAGGAGGCCAGUUCCCCGGGUCCUGGGCCCCCUGGGCUCCCCACGGCUGCCUCACCACUAGCCCUCAGCCAGGAUGGGUCCAGGAGCGAGAGCGACACCACAAUCGAGGUGGACGGCGUGGCCAUAGAGGUGGACAGCGUGGCCGAGGAGCUGCCAGAAGGCCUCUGCGAGCCGGAGCUGGGAGUGGCCGGCAGGCUGGACACAGGCCCCGCCGCCUGCAGCGAACCCACGCAGGACCGAGAGGGCAGAGAGAAGGGUCAGAAAAGGCCAAGCGAUGGAAACAGUGGAUUAAUGGCAAAAAAACAAAAGCGUACCCCCAAACGAACAAGUGCCGUAGCCAAAAAUGAAAAGAACGGAGCAGGGCAGAGCAGCGACAGUGAAGACCUCCCUGCUGUGGACAGCUCCAAUAAAUGUACUCCAGUAAAGCAUCUUAAUACAUCUAAGCCACCAAAGCUCGCGCGCUCUCCGGCCAGAAUCUCCCCUCACAUCAAAGAUGGAGAGAAAGAGAAGCAACGAGAAAGGCAUCCCAAUUCCUCCCCCCGGACAUACAAGUGGAGCCUUCAACUCAGUGAAUUAGAUAACAUGAAUAGUACAGAAAGAAUCUCUUUUCUCCAAGAAAAACUACAGGAAAUCAGAAAGUACUACAUGUCUUUGAAAUCCGAAGUUGCAACCAUAGACAGGAGGAGAAAAAGAUUAAAAAAGAAGGACCGAGAAGACCGGAGGCCGGCAGCCUUCCGUUUCGCUGUGGGUGUGGUCGUGCUAAGCGUGCAGGUCCUAAGAGUUCACUGCCUGCGACACUCGCUCUGUGCUGCACACACCUGUAUCAGCUGCACCAUCACAGGCACGCUGUCAGUUGUCACCAGGUUCCCCAAAAUGGGUCGGGCAUAA